AUGCUCUCUGAGUACCAAGGCCAAGACCAGGUCAGAGCCUACCGCUAUCACGGCAACAAGGACAUCCGCCUAGAAACCAUUCCAGCCCAGGGUGAGCUGAAAGAAGGUGAAAUCCGGCUCUCCCCGGCCUGGUGCGGCAUCUGCGGUACCGACGUACACGAGUAUCUCCAUGGCCCCGUCGUGCCGCCGACCAAGGAGAAUCCACAUCCCCUGACGGGCGACACGAUGCCCAUCAUCCUAGGCCACGAGUUUUCCGGUACCGUGACGGAGGUUCACCCAUCCGUGGACCUGAAGGUCGGGUCAUUCGUCGCGGUUGAGGGCCUACUUGCUGACGAUAGUUGCUAUGCAUGCGUAAUCCGCAAGCGCAACAUUUGCGACCAGUCGGCAUUUCUGGGCCUCUCCGCCAACCCUGGCGGCCUGUGCGAGAGCAUCGUCAUCCCCGCCAGUGUCUGUCACGUCCUUCCUGAUGGGAUGGGCCUGGAGGCCGGAGCUUUGAUCGAACCGCUGGCUGUUGCGUGGCACGCGGUGUCCAACGCGGGCAUCAAGGCCGGACAGUCGGCAAUCGUGUUUGGCGCCGGGCCUAUCGGACUAGCGGUCAUGCUGUGCCUGCGGGCCAAGGGCGUCAGUCAGAUCUUAAUGUCCGAGCCAUCGACAGCACGGCACGCGCAGGCCAUCGAGAUGGGGGCCAGGCACGUUUUCGAUCCUACGAAAGUGGAUGUCUCCGGCAAGGCCAACGAGAUCUGUGAGGGACUUGGUCCCGACUUCGCCUUCGACGCCUCGGGCGUCCAGGCCACCAUAACAGAGGGCAUCAAAGCCAUUCGCAAAUACGGCAUGUACUAUAACAUCGCUCUGUGGAGUGCACCUGCAAUCAUCGACAUGCACGACAUGCUCUACUACGGCAAAACAAUCAAGUCGGAUCUAUCUUUCUCCAAGGGCGAUUUCGAGGCCGUUAUCGACGCCAUCAAUCGCGGAUUGAUUACGCACGAGAGUCUCAACUCCAUGAUCACAUCGCGGAUCGAGCUAGAGGAGCUAGAGGAAAAGGGAAUCCAGGAGCUGAUUAGGAACAAGGAGAGACACGUCAAGAUCCUUAUUCGAGUUGAUAGGACGCAGCCGAUGCCGGUGGGGGUUUGA